UGACAUAGGCAUUCUCAAAUUCCUAGUUGUUUUAAACUUUCUUCAAAUUCCUCUAUUCAAUUCCAGGUUCCAACCCUUUUUCUCUUAAUAUUCUUUGUUCUACAUAGAACAUGGCAUAUUUGGCACCAGAAAACUGGCCCGUUUGCAUUAACGUUGAUACUGAUGACACUGACUUAUUAAAUCAAAUAGAGAUAUCAGAAAUCGAUAGCGCCAUUCUCAUGUCAUUUCUUGAUGAAUCCCAGAUGAAAUAUUGUGAUGAUGAGAAAUUAAGAAGUGCAAUCCAAUCUCUAGAAGCAGAGCUUGAUCCCAUUUCCGUCAUAAAUAAUCCCGCUGCUCCAAAUCUAGAUUGUUACAAUGGGGACUUCGAUUUUAGCUGGAUGGAUAUGGAGAUGUCAUCUUACCCUAGUCCCAGGGACGCUGAAAUGAUUGAAUUUCAAGUGGGCAGUGAUUAUUCUCAAAUCUUUACGUACAUUCCUAUUGAGGAAGAAGUAUAUGAUUCUCUAUGGCUAGAAACUGACUUGUCAAUGGUAUACUAGCCAAAUAGUAUGAGAGCCUAAGCCUUAAUAACCACGUAAAAUAGAAUUCUGAAUUUUCUUUUUCUUUUUCAUCAGAGUAAAAGAUCUGAUCCAAUUCGGAUCAUACUGCUAGUUCAACUGUAAAUUUUGUUUAUCAUUGUUAUAUGUAUAGAUCCAUAGUUAUUGCAGAACUGUUGUGUACUUGCACGGUUAGCCUUAUUCUGAUU